AUGGCUACUCUUCGACUAUUGAAUAGAGCUGUGCUCCGACGCGUAAGCCAGAACAUAAGAAGCCUCAGCACAGAAGCAACAAGAGGCAAUAUUAUGAUUGGAAAGGAGACCCGAGUAAUUUGUCAAGGUUUCACUGGUCGACAGGGUACUUUUCAUAGUGAACAAGCAAUCGCUUAUGGCACCAAUAUGGUUGGUGGAGUUUCUCCUGGUAAAGGUGGUAAAACCCACUUAGGAUUACCUGUUUUUAACUCUGUCCAAGAGGCGGUGGACUCAACUGGAGCUGAGGCAACGGUGAUUUAUGUUCCCCCUCAAGGGGCAGCAGCUGCUAUCCAUGAGGCUGUAGAUGCAGGGAUAGGUUUAAUUGUUUGCAUUACUGAAGGAAUUCCUCAACAAGACAUGGUGAAGGUAAAGCAUAAGAUACUUCGACAAGAUAAAUCUAGAUUGAUAGGACCAAAUUGCCCUGGUAUCAUUAGACCUGGACAUUGCAAAAUUGGUAUUAUGCCUGCUCAUAUACAUUUACCUGGUAGAAUUGGAAUUGUUUCGAGGUCUGGAACUUUAACUUACGAAGCUGUUUUCCAGACCACUAAUGUCGGCCUUGGACAGACUUUAUGUGUUGGUAUUGGUGGAGAUCCAUUUAAUGGUACAGAUUUUAUUGAUUGUCUUGAUAUAUUCUUGAAAGAUGACAAGACUGAAGGUAUUGUCUUAAUUGGUGAAAUCGGUGGAGAAGCUGAAGAGAAAGCAGCUGAAUUUUUAGCCAAACAUAACUCUGGCCCAAAUGCUAAGCCAGUUGUAUCAUUUAUUGCUGGAAUUACUGCCCCACCUGGUAGACGUAUGGGGCAUGCUGGAGCAAUCAUCUCAGGAGGCAAAGGUGGCGCCGAAGAAAAGAUUGCAACUCUUGAAGGUGCCGGAGUAGUAGUCACUAAGUCUCCUGCGCGAAUUGGUUCAACAAUUAAAGAGGCUAUGCAAAAAGCUGGGAAGCUGUAG